UGAAAUUGAUUUUUCAUGCAAGCAAUUUUUAAUCUAAGAGGUUUAUUUGAAGGAUGUUCAUUCUCUUCACUGACAGAUGACACCGAAAGUCUAUCAAGAUUUUUGGCUAACUAUAAAGGUGACAUCAAAAGUGGAACGCAGGCGUAUGUUACCAGUAUAUCAAGAUGGUACGCUGAAUGUAAAGAGGAUGACGAGAGUGAUGCAGAGGAAAAGCAGUUUGCGGACAGCAUUGCAAUGGAAGCCAAGAUAGCAGAUGAAGAGCGGUUUGCGGACAUCAUUGUAAUGAAGGCCAAGUUGGAAGGUAGGCCCCCGAGUGCAUCGGAAUUAGCUGUUCUUUGCCAAACGUAUGGUCGCAAGUCUGAUAAACUUAAACGUAUAUGUGAUACCAUUUGCGAUCAUAUUAAAGACGAAUGCAAGCAUAUCGUAAACGUUUGGCCAUCAUACCGACCGCGCGAGGAGAAUAUCAUUGUAUUUUGUGUCAUUACCGACUUUCCGUGUGAAAGAAUCAUUUGCCCCUAUUCUGUGGUACAACGCGCCAUUGGAGAAUAUUCAAUCGAAGAAAGAGAGAUUUUGAAACAGGAAUUGAACAGAGGUUUGGAUUUUACAGACGAUGCUGUAGAACGCUGCAUUGAGAAAAAUGCUGACAAGUUUAUGGAUAACCAUAAAAAUUUGUCUGUGAUGUCCGCAAGUUUGCUGAAGUCGGAAAAGUUUGGGACUAGUUUAGAAAAGGUAUCACAACAGGUAUGCAUUGUUCUUCUGGUUCCAGUAAAAGGUUUAAUUCCGUUGUCUGAGGAGGCAUUCCCGAAAUUUAUUGUCAAUUUUCCCGUGGAUGUUCGAGAAGGGAAUUUCAGGUAUAAAUUUGGCGGGAAACCAAACGAUAGGCACGAAUCAUUGAAAAUGGGGUGCGCAAUACAUGGCGACGAACCAGGAACAUUAGGUGGGUUCCUUGACCACAAUGAACAUGGUAUUUGUUGUUUAACCGUUGCACACGUAAUGUUGAACGUACCGAAGAUGAAAAGAACUUUUCCAGGACAAUAUAUACCAGAGUCUUCUGAAUUAUGUUAUCAGCCAGAACCACCAAAUGCAUUUGGCUACCUUAUCAAAGCGAUAGCAAUAGAAGGAAACGAAGACAAACCUGGAAUAGAUGUUGCACUUGUGAAAAUAGACGAAAGAAUUCCACUAAGUGGACGUUUUCCUGAUGCUGAAACUGAAAAAUUGUUAGAAGCAGGGUAUUCAUCUACACUUGAAAUGCAGUAUGAUACCGGAGAAGUAUUUGAAAGGUCGGAAAUUCCUCGUGGUAAAUUGGUUUUGAAAUAUGGUCAGGCUACAACACUCACUGAAGGUGUAGUGCGUCUAAGAGGAUUUGCUGUGAGAAAUGUGAAUUUCUACGACAAUAGUGAGGGUUACAAAUACAUUUUGACAAAGCAGAUUCAGGUGCGCCAUAUCAAAGAUGCCCCUUUUAGCGAAGAUGGUGACUCAGGUUCACUGGUAUUCGUAAAAAGAAAUGAUGGUCGUCUUGUAGCAAUAGGAAUGUUGGUCGGAGGAACCGACAGUUAUGAUGUUGUUACUCCAAUAUGUGACAUUUUAAGGGAGUUAGACACGGCUUUGUCUUUAAAACAAUUUCCAUAAAGCUGAGUGUUUAUAUUAGCACGGCAAGUAAUGUUCAAAAUUACCGAGUAUGCCACUGGCAAUACCCAGACAUGUAUCUCAAGGACAAAUCAAGCCAAAUCAAAUAUUUUUCCGUGCCUGGUCCAUAGCUAUAUUAUUUAUUAUUUAGAGGUUAUGAUACAGGGAUGGUGUUCCUUAAGGCGAUAUUGGCAUUUUAGGCGAGGUAUUCAAAUACAGAUCUGGUAUGCCAAUAUUGUCUGAUGGCACACCUGCCCUCUUUUAUAACCUUUUAUUGCAUAUAUUCCAAUUUACUGUUAAAAUGAAAACGUGAUGUAAAUAAUUCAGUGCUUAACAGCGUUACUGAACGUUGUCUGAUGACGUUGACGUCAUUUCCUUUCAAACAUAUGUUAUGAAUUCAUGCAUGUUUUUAGCUCGACUUUUCGAAGAAAAUGUAGAGCUAUUGCACUCGCCCCGGCGUCGGCGUCGGCGUCGCCGUUGGUUAAAGUUUUUGAUAAAGUCAAAUAUCUCUGUUACUAUCAAAGCUAUUGACUUGAAACUUAAAAUAGAUAUUUACUAUCAAAGUCUACACCAGGAAAAACAAUCCCCAUAACUCUUAUUUGAAUUUUGACAGAAUUAUGCCCCUUUUUAACUUAGAAUUUUUGGUUAAAGUUUUUGUUAAAGUCAAAUAUCUCUGUUACUGUCAAAGCUAUUGACUUGAAACUUAAAAUACUUAUUUACCAUCAAAAUCUACACCAGAAGAAACAAUCCCCAUAACUCUGAUUGAAUUUUGACAGAAUUAUGCCCCUUAUUAACUUAGAAUUUUUUGUUAAAUUUUUUGAUAAAGUCAAAUAUCUCUGUUACUAUUAAUGCUUUUGACUUGAAACUCCAAAUAGUUAAUUACUAUCAAAGUCUACACCAGGAGACACAAUUCCCAUAACUCUGAUUUGAAUUUUGACAAAAUUAUGCCCCUUUUUAACUUAGAAUUAUUUUUUUUUAAUUUAAUAAAGUCAAAUAUCUCUGUUACUAUUAAAGCUUUUGACUUGAAACUCAAAAGAGUUAUUUUCUAUCAAAGUCUGCACCAGGAGACACAAUUCCCAUUACUCUGAUUUUAAUUUUGACAGAAUUAUGUCCCUUUUUAACUUGGAUUUUUUUUACUGGCAAAGCUCUAAUUCAGAGUCAAGCACUGAGAAAAGUCGAGCGCGCUGUCUUACGGACAGCUCUUUUUUUAAAUAUGUUUUUACAUUAUUCAUAGUGUUCUUUACAUUUUUACAUGAAUGUUUUUGGGUAUGCUUUACAUUUUUAUAUCAAUGUUUAUGCUUUGCGGUUGGCGUUUGCAAUGUGACUUCUUCUCGGCGAUAUAUGGCCAUUUUGUGUCGAUUCGCCGUAAAACCCAACUCACUCAUGCAUUCAAGGUCGUAGUUUCUUGUAUCUGCCUUAUUUAACCAUGAUAGAAGAAGCAGCUACCGAAAUCAUGUUAAUUUACCGUACUUUAUUUUGUGAUAAUAAAUGUUAGUUUGGAUAUACUUGAGAUCCUGUCAGUUAAAGAAUACAGUCUUGAUGAAUUGCGCAGCCGGAAGUGUGCCAGAUAUCGGUAUCAGGCAUACCAGCUCCCAUGAGCACUAAUAUCGGCCUCAUACUUCUCAUAUACGUUUCAAUUCAGUGCAAUUUUGUAGCUAUAAGUAGUUACAUAUGCAAUAAAGGCUUUUGAUAUUAUUUAUGACAAGUUUUUCUGUGCCUGUUCCUAAAAUAUCGAGGUCAUGCUUGAAGGCGAAAUGUCUUCAUGGUAUGUAUUGUUUAUCAUGCUGCAAAUAUGGCCAAAUAAGUAGCUGAAAACUGGUAGUAGGUGGUCUGUGAAUGUGCACAUCAACUUCUGCAUACCAAAAUGUUCGUCAGAAUAUGUAGUUUUCAGAACUGCCUGAUGCCAGUUUCUAGUCACUGGGCAAAGUCUUCAAAUUCAAGAUGGCCGCCAACAUGGCCGCUAAUACAUGAAAAUGAUACCCAAUGCAUAAAAUUGCAAAAUAAAAGCAUUUAACUGUUGUAAAUUAAUUUGAAGUUAUUAUAAAAAUGUUAAAGUUAUAAAUCUGCAAAAUUAUAUGCAUUUAUCGAUAUGAAAUACAACUUUCUGACACAUUUUAUACCAAUUUUAUAUGGACUUAAAUAUGAUGAAUACUAUUUUCUUGAACAUACGGUCAAUAUACUUUGUUUGUAUUCCUCUAUUUACUGUUGUUCCUUACACAAUGCAAUCCCGUGUUGAACAAAAGAUAAUAAAUUGUAAUAACAUUAUCAUUUUGUUAAAGGAUACAUUCAAAUUAUUGAUAAUAUAUAUAUUUAUAAGUGGGUGGGGUAAUUCAAUAUAGAAUACAAUGUAUAUCUAAUAACAGGUAAAAUAAAAAAUAAAU